AUGGCCAUAGAUUACUCCAAGUGGGACAAGUUAGAGUUAUCUGAUGACUCUGAUAUUGAAGUCCAUCCAAACGUCGAUAAGAAUUCUUUCAUCAAAUGGAAACAAAGAGAUAUUCAUGAAAAGAGGGAUCAAAGAAAUCAAGAGAUUAAAACGAUCUUAGUUCAAUUGACCAUGUACGCCAAAUUGAAUGCCAGAGUUGAUUAUAUCUUGAAGAAUGUGAAAUUACUGGAAAUUGGAGAUACUGACUUGGUGAUGGCAAAAUUGAAUAAGGAGUUCAAUGUUAAUGAAAAGUUCGAUUAUGAAGAUUUGAUUAAACAAAAAGGUGAUAGUUUAAGAAAAGGAUUGAAAGAUUUAAAAUUUGAAAAGCUGGAAAUUGAAAAUACACCCCCAUAUAAUGAAAUGAUCGAAGAUUUGUUUGAACAAAUCAAAGAAGACCAUCCAGAUGCCCUGGACAACAGCAAAUUGAUAGAUUAUUUGAAAGAACAUAGAGCCAAAAUUGAUGAUGUUUUAUCCAAACAAACGAUUAAAUUAGAUGACUUGUUAUACCAAAAAUCCAUGUUGAUUAGCUCGGAUGAUUAUCAUACUGGAUUUGAUCGUUCGUUCUUGAACAAAGACAAAGAAGAACCUGAACCCCAACCAAAAGUUAAAAGUUCUGAGAAGGUUACCACAGUUGAAACUAUCAAUUCUCCAAACGAAAGUAGCCACGAAGAAAAAUCUGAAGCUGAAAUGUUGGAUGAACUUGAUUUAUUACCUGAAACUGAGGAAUUUUCUAAAAUUAAAAUGGAUGAUUAUACCAAAAUUAGUGAAUAUUUGUUAAAACAUUCAUGGAUUUGUACUGACCAACAAAAAGAUGCUUUGAUAAUGACAGCUUUUGAUAGUCAAUUCCAAGGAGAUAAACUGAGAACCAAACAGAUUAUUCAUCAAUCACUUCUUUUGCAAUAUAUCGCUCAAUUAUCUGGAGGUCCAAAAGGAAACAAAGAAUCAAGAAUUAAAGGUAUUAAGUUAUUCAUCAGCAAGAUCUCCGAAAGCGGUCCUGCUAGAACAGCAUUCUUUCAAGAUGUUGAGAAUACUUUGGCUCAUAUAAUUGAAAGAUGUAAACUUAUUCAACAAGAACAGGAACAAGAGCAAGAAGAAGGUGAACAAAUCAUUCAAUUAAGAUCAUUAGACGAAAAUGCUCCAUUGACAGUUCAUUUACCAACUUCUGAUUCAGAAGAAUUCAAAAUAUUUGAAUCUUCAUUGCCAAAACCUUUACAAGAAGCUAUCAAAACAGAAAAAAUCGAUGAAGUUAAUAAAGUCUUUGCUCAAUAUCAAAUAGAGGAAGCUGAAAAAUAUUUGGAAAUCUUGAACCAAUGUGGAAUCAUCAGAAUAGAAAGUAUUCUUGAAGAUGAAGAUCAGUAUAACAUGUUAAAAGAAGAAUAUGACAAUCAAGAAGAUUUACAAAAAGAAAUUGAUCAAUUGGAAGUCAAUGAUGACAGUGUAGUUCACGAUACUACUGAUAUAGUAGAUUAA